CUGCGAUGGAAAACUGGUUUACGCGUGGAGAAUGACAAUGUCUUUUAUUUAGUAGACAGAAUGAAAGUGGAGAAUAAUAGACAACCAAAUCUGUUGUGAACGAAUCUUUUGUUAAUUAUCUAUGUAUAUAUAAUGACCAUGCCUAUCUCUUUCGUAACAAUGUCGCUCCAAAAAAAAUGUGAAAUUCCGUAAAAAAUCACGACGACCAAGCGUCGUUAAUUAAACUGUUUGCGUGACGAUAGAAGCGUCGUUGGCUCACCCGUGCCACUUUAUUUUCACCGAGGACGCUCCUGCGCGCAUCGUUUUGUCACACUUGCCGAUUCGCAGGGACGCAACCAAACAAUUAAAAGAUCAUCUCGACGAACGACGCUGUUCGGUGUCCCCGACCGUAAUGCUUUCGCAAUGAAACAACAGCACGAUUGUUCAACCACAAAUUGCCUAAAAAAUUCACAAAGUUUGAGAACAAACGCGAACAGGCGCACGUUUUGUAAAGUAAUCUCUGAAGCGGCAUAAAAAGAAAGCUGGUACCAGACCAGCGAAUACGCGACAGCAUCCCAUGCGUGACAACUAUAUAAAAAGGUGAAACUCGACAACGGAAAGGACCACUUUCGUGUCGUCUUCGCGUCAAAACGCGCCCGAAGAGUUCGCGACUUCCCGCGUAAUUUCCUUGAACAGGCGCCUAAUUUCCUCUCGCGAUGUCGCAACGGUUCGUUUGCAUUUUCUUGACAACCGUCGCAGUUUCCUACGCGGUCACGACGAAGUCCGAAUUUGUUACGAGUCCCGAACUCGACAAGAAGGAACCUGGCGAAGACAAACUUUUGGCGAGCAUCGUACGCGGUCGAAAUUCGACGAAGUUGCUGCACGUGAAGAGCAACGACAGCGACCUGUACGACAGAGGCACGGAUAAGCAACCGAGAACAGCGAUUCAUCGAUCGGAAUCGGACACCAGAGGUUCCAGCUGCUGCGGUUCCAAGUACGGUUCCGGUGCGUCGACGCGACCGGAUUCAUACUACAACAGUAAGGUCCCCGCGGACGGGGGUCGGUAUCCAUUUCAAUACGGUGAACGUUUACCCGCCGAUAGGUACGGGUGGCAAGGUCAAGGCCAACCGCCCGGUUCGAACGGAAUCGCCGGAAGACCCGGAGGCGGAAACUACGUCGGAACUGCGCACCACGAUGGAAGCCAAGCAGGAGAUAGAUUUGGUUCCCGUCCGAGUUAUGGAAGUGAAAGUUCACGCAGACCCGCCGGCUACGAGUCCCCAACUUCUGCGGGAUAUGGUUACGGGAAUGGUGGUUACGGGGGUUAUGGCUCUGUUCGACCAACUGGCCACGGGGGGUCAGCUGCGAGUGGUGGCUAUGGAGUUUCAGGAAGUUUCGCUAAUGGCGACGAAUUCGGUCCCCACGAGCCGAAUUAUCCGGAAGGAAACGGUCCCCCGCAUCCGAAUUUUCAAACGCAGAAGGCCGUGGCUUUAAAAGCAUUAGCUGGUGUUGCUUUAAUUGGGGCAGCUGCUGCUUUAGCUACGAACCCCAUUCUCCUACCAAUUGGCAUUGUAUCAGGAAGAAAGAAACGAUCGUAUUUGUCAGUCAAUGACGAAGACGCUCACGUGAAUUACAUUUUAAGGGAUUUAAAAGACAACUUCACCAAGGUUGACGGUAAUGGAAAUGAAAAGAAACUAUUAGUUUCUCCGACAUGCAUUGCCAGAAUAGCGUGCGAAAUUCAGAAAAAUUCUUGGUCCCAAUCGAACAAAGGCGUCAAAGGGAGAAUAGAAUCGGAACGACGUUUUACCAAUUUGAUUUCCAAUGAUGAACUCGAUAAGGAAUUGAAGAGUGUACGCAUUAAAAUGAUGAUGAAAGCGGCAACCACCGUUGCGAUGAAUGGAGGAAACUGUAACGUGUUUCCGUGUACAAUUGUAAAAAAUGUAGAUCCCAAAAAACAAUUCGCCCUUAAACUUUGAAAUUAAAUAGACUUUCCGUUCGCAGUCUCGUCGAUACGACAAUGAUUAGUUGCUGAAUUAUAACAAGCUCGUGUAUCUACAUCCAAGCUAACUGUAAAUAUAAGAUGAACUUGUACAAUAAAACCGAUGUUAGGUCAAGAUGUGUCCAGGAACAAAAAUAGUAAACAAAUAGAAAUGUGAGGCUACAACGGAAUAGGAUUGCGCGAUACUUACUAUUGCAGUAAAAUAUUGCUUCGAUUAAGAAAAUUUAUUAUACGAACAUUGCAACAACGUAUCGAGCAUUGCAAAUUAAAAGUAACUCUCUACAACGAGUAUUUAUAAACGUUUAUAAUUUACAUCGUAUUUAUUUAUUUCGUCAAUAUAUUGGGUUGUCCGGAAAGUUCAUGCCUAUUUUCAAGAAAAAUUCAAAGGCAUAUUUGAAUUUUGAUGUAUAUUUAUUGAAUUAUAUGUAUACCAUUUUGUUCCACAACCUUUUCACCUGUUAAUUUGUUUUCAUUCAUUCUGAUAUACAGGGUGUCCCAAAAGUCGGGGAGGAGCCGGAAAU